AUGCAGUAUGUUAUGGCCCAGCUCCUCGAAAGUCCAGACGUGCAGGGUAUCGCUCUGGCGCAGAUUCCCCGAGAGGAGUUUCGAUUGCGAGGCGAUGCGCUGGCACUUUUCAAGGAGGCCGGCAGCAAGGUUGUGGCAGAUGGAAGCCCAGUUCAUCUCCACUUUUGGGAUGAGAUAGAUUGGCCUGCUGUGGACGCUCUGGAGGGAAGAUCUGUCGUGCUGACAGACCACAACAAGAUGACUUCGCCAGUUGCCAGCCACUUUGAUGGGCGCGUAGAGUGGGUACUCGACCAUCAUGCUGGUGGUAUCCAGUAUCCUGAUGCUCGCAAUGACAUCGACGAGGGGUUGGGAUCGUGCUGUUCACUUGUGACGGAGCAGCUUCUUCAGAGGAGCUCUGCGAAGUCCAGGGAACUGGUCACUUUGCUAGCGGGAGUCAUCCUGCUUGAUUGUCGAAACUUUGACGAGAAAGAAAAGAAAGGUACGGACAGGGAUCGAGCAGCUUUGGAGCAGCUCCAAGGCUUGGUUCCGGUGAAAGGGACCAAAGCUUGGUACAAGGAGCUCAUGCACGCACGGAAAGACGUGUCCCACCUGUCGGUGCGGGACCUGAUGUUGCUAGAUACGAAAGUAGUAUGUUUGCGAGGGCUAAAUGUUGCCUUUGCCAGCAUCUUCGGCACGGUUCAAGAAAUUUGUGCCAAAGCGGGUGAAGCAUCUUCCGUUGUGGAAGCAGCCCAAGUCUUGGCAAGGGACCGCGGCUACCAGGCUGUAGUUCUGCUUUUCAGCAAGGACAAGACGAAUGGCAGAAAGGCCUUGGCCUUCGUUCCUCUCGAAAAUCCCGAAGCACAGGAACUCUGCAAUGUCAUUGUGACACGAAUGAUGGAAAGCCCAGGCAAGCUACCAGAGGAUCUGCGCAAGAAUCCUCUUUACGAGACGCAGGGGCUGCUGGAAACCGGUUUCCAGCUGAAGCUUCUGGAGGAGAUGAGCCCUCUGCACGUUUACCACAUCAAGGGCGAGGUCUCCAGAAAAACCGAUGCUCAGCGGGAAAGAGCUAGUACAGCGUGUGCUUUGCGUCCUCAAAUCUUAAGUGUCCUUUUGCAUGGCACGUUCUGUUCCGCCGUUUAG